AUGCGCAGCCUCUCCGUCAUCCUCUUCCUGACCAUGGCAAUCUGCCUGGCUCUGUGGCCCAGCACAGGAGCCGCUCUCCCCGGGAGGCCAUUUGACGCCGUCAAGAAAGCCUUUGGAGGGGGGAAGAAGGACGCCUCAAGCCAGCCUGCCAAUUCCAACUCGGGACACGGGGCCAAUCCCAAGAAGUGGUCCAAUGCAGACAUGAAGGCCGCCGCCGACCGGCUUGAGAAUCCGAAGAAGUAUCUCGACAAGUCGGCUCAUGGAUCGUCCAAGUCUAGCUCUUAA